UUCUCUCCGGUUCUUCUUCCGGUUCUUCUUCUUCUGCAGGAGGACGCAGGAUGGACAACACCUGCCUCUUCGUCUUCGCCUGUCUGUGUCUGUGUCUGCGCUGCUCCCGCGGGGCUCCGCCGCCGAACUUCGUGCUGCUUUUCGCGGAUGAUUUAGGUUUCGGGGACUUGGGCUGUUACGGACACCCCAGUUCUCUCACCCCAAACCUGGACCGCCUGGCUGCGGGCGGACUCCGCUUCACAGACUUCUACUGCACCAGCCCCGUCUGCAGCCCGUCCAGGGCAUCGUUGUUGACGGGGCGUUAUCAGACUCGCUCCGGCAUCUACCCAGGAGUGUUGUACCCUGGCUCUGUAGGUGGUCUUCCUCUCAAUGAGACCACCAUCGCUGAGGUGUUGAAACCUCUGGGCUACACCACUGCUGCCGUAGGAAAGUGGCAUCUGGGAUUUGGGGCAGAUGGCAUGUUUCUUCCAACCAAGCAGGGAUUUGAUCAGUACCUGGGGAUCCCCUUCUCCCAUGACAUGGGCCCCUGUUGGAACCUGACUUGUUUCCCUCCAGAUGUCAAGUGUUUCGGAUUGUGUGAUGUUGGCACUGUUAUGGUCCCGCUAAUGCAAAAUGAGGUCAUCAAGCAGCAGCCAGUCAACUUCCUGGACCUGGAAAACGCUUACAGUGACUUUGCGACCAAUUUCAUAACCACAUCAGCCAAGAAAAAACAACCGUUCUUCCUCUACUAUCCCUCCCAUCACACCCACUACCCCCAGUAUGCAGGUCCAGGGGCAGCAGGAAAGUCUUUGAGGGGCCCAUUCGGAGAUGCUCUGUUGGAGUUUGACAACACUAUAGGAAACUUACUGACGACCCUGGAAGACACAGGCGUGAUCAACAACACACUAGUCUUCUUCACUUCAGACAAUGGACCUGAACUGAUGCGUAUGUCCCGUGGUGGUAGUGCUGGCCAUCUGAAAUGUGGGAAAGGCACCACGUAUGAUGGGGGCAUGAGAGAGCCAGCCAUUGCUUACUGGCCAGGGACCAUCAGACCAGGUGUAACUCAUGAGUUAGCCAGCACUCUCGAUAUCCUACCCACCAUCUCAAGCCUGGCAGGAGCCAAACUGCCCAAGGUGAUGCUGGAUGGGGUCGAUAUGACAGAAAUCCUUGUCCGCCAAGGAAAGAGUAAAAGGGAGACGAUGAUGUUCUACCCCACAGAUCCCAGUGAAAUGUACGGUCUGUUUGCUCUCAGGUUGGGAAAGUACAAGGCCCACUUCUAUACACGAGGUGCCACACACAGCGGUACUACCCCGGACCAUGACUGCCCAGUAUUCGCAGUUCUCAAAGCCCACGACCCCCCUCUGCUUUUCGACCUGGAGGCUGACCCCUCUGAGAACUACCCUAUCCCUCUGAUGGGAAGACCCGACCUCCAAGCCCUGCUGCAGAGGAUCAAGAAAGUCAAGGAGCAGUUCGAAGCCUCCAUGGUGUUCGGCGAGAGCCAGAUAUCAAAAGGAAUCAACCCCAACCUGGAGCCAUGCUGCAAUCCUCAGUGUUCCCCCAAGCCCAGCUGCUGCCGGUGUUGACGGGACAGAUGUGUGGGGGAGGCUGAACGUACUCCACUGCUUUUAUCCUAAAAUUGCAAAUUGAAAGUCUAGCUUUCGGUACAUUGAUACUGAAAAGUAAUUCGCAAACAAUCUUUUUCCUCAGUGAGGAGAUUCAUUUUUAAAAUGUAAAUAUUGAUUAUAUUUAAAACUAAUGUUUAACAAUGUCCUGUAUGUUUCCUGACUUCAAUACGUGAUUUAUUAUUUGAUUUAUUAUGUAAUUUCCUAUUCAACAUUCUCUAUUAUUGUAAGAUUUGCAUGUGGAAAUGUUUUUCAGCCCAUUUCAAACAUCCACUCUCUAUUGUUCAAAGAGUGGAUGUGAACAAUAAAGACGACAAGAAAGCUUUGGACAUCAA